CUGAUUUAGACCAUAUAUGGGAAGAAGAGAAUGAAGCAUAUGAUAUCAUGAAUUUAGAAAUGGAAAGUAAGAGCAGGUGCAAGGUUUGUGUGACUGGAGGUGCUGGUUACAUUGGCUCAGCCUUGGUUCACUCACUUCUGCAAAAUGGUUACACUGUUCAUGCUACUCUUAGAAACUUGGGUGAUGAAUCCAAGGUGGGACUUCUAAGAGGUUUUCCAGAUGCAGAAGAAAGACUUCAUUUGUUUGAAGCUGAUAUUUACAGACCACAAGAGUUUGAAGAAGCUAUACAAGGUUGUGUGUAUGUUUUCCAUCUUGCAACGCCCAUCUAUGACACUUCUGGCUAUAAGUACAAUGACAAGAUUAAGGCAACAAUCAGUGCAGUAAAGAAGAUUGUAGAUGUUUGCAUACAGUCUAGGACCGUGAAACGGCUCAUCUAUACCGCCUCCGUUGUUGCAGCUUCACCAUUGAAAGAUGAUGGAAGUGGCUAUAAAACCACCAUGGAUGAAAGUUGUUGGACACCCUUUCAUAUCAAUGUCCCUUACAGCAACGAUUUCGUAAAGGAAUACACGGAAGCAAAAACAAGAGCUGAACAAGAGAUCUUGAAAAUUGGGGAAGAUGAAGCUAAUGAAUUGGAGGUAGUGACAUUAUCUUGUGGACUGGUGGGAGGAAGAGGUCAUCUUCUACAUACAACAGGCAGUGUGAUGUCAUUGAUAUCACAAGUUAUGAAUGAUGAGACUCAAUACCAAAUACUAAGGUACCUUGAAGAACUGAUGGGAAAAAUCCCGAUCGUGCACAUUGAGGAUGUUUGUCGAGCACAUAUCUUUUGCGUAGAGACGCCAAUGGUUAAUGGGAGAUUCUUAUGCUCGAGUUCGUACAUAACAAGUGCAGAAAUGGCUAAGUAUUAUCAGGAAAACUAUCCACAGUUUCAUUUGAAGCAAGAGUACUUCGAAGGACCAAAAAGAGAUAUCAAAUGGGGCUCAAGAAAGCUUGAAGAUGAGGGGUUUUCUUACAAACACGAUGCCAAGACGAUCUUGGAUGAUUGUAUCGAAUAUGCAAGGAGAUCGGGCAAUAUCUAGCAAGAACUUGUCAUUAAGUUUUGUUUUGUGUGGUAUGUUCAUUUUAGGUUUCUAUAAACCCUAAAUUGUACUGGUCGUCGUUAUUAUUUCACCAAUGAGGUUAAACAAACCUCCUCGGUAUAUCUAUGCUAAUGGAAUCAUUUUUAUC